AUGUCUCAUGAACUUGAAUAUGAAGAGGCUAGUGCCAUCAUGCACCUUCAUACUCCCUAUAAUCGUGAACUCCAACAAAAUGAUGAAAAUGAGGUUCGCGACGAUCAACACGAAGAAAAAGACUACAAAGUUACUUUGGAAGAUGGUGAAGAUAGUGAGAAAAUAUGGAGCGAAGAUGAUAUUCAUAAAAAUGAAACUUGGUUAAAUGUUGCCGAAAAUUAUGACGGGGAUUCUACUAAACAUCGGAAUGAUCGUUUAAACAAGGAAGAAAGACCUAACUUUAAAUCAAUAAAUAAUGAAGACGAGACGUGUUUGAAAGGCACCAGUUUUCAUCCAACUUCCCCACCAAGAUAUUUGUCGCCGUCUGAAUCAUAUUCUACUAAGGAACAGACGAUUCCAAUUUCAUUUUCCAAUACUUUCUCUCAAGCAACUAUUCCAUUGGCAAUCCCCAAUAUAUCCUUUGGUAGCAGCUCUUGUCAACAUGAUAUUGAUAUAGCGAGAAUUGUUAAUCCUAUCGUAAAAUGUAUCUCUGAUAUGAAAUCAGAAUUUCAAACACAAUUUUUUAAACAUCAUUAUGAAGUGGACCCCAAUCCUUCUGCACACAUGACAAAUGUUGGUGAAGAAUGGCAAAAUACUGAAUUUAUGGAUCAAUAUGCAGCCUUUACAGCUGGAAGACUUCUUGAUGUUAUUUUGACAAUGAAACUGCCUGAAGAAGCUAAAAAAUGUCUUGUUCAAGCUCGUCAUAUCAUUUGGGAAAAAGUUUUGCAUCAUCAUAAUACCGUACAUAUUUACUUUGAGAAUGUUUCUAUGAUUUCUGGAGAUAAUGUCAUAUCAAGAGAAAAUGGGUCAGUUGUUAAAGAGAAGAACAAAAAUCAACCUAUUACUGUAAUUUCUACCAACGUAGAGGAGCAAGCAUCAACAACCGUCACAACCAAUGAUGAAAGUAGCAACGAUCAGGAAGACUAUAUACUAUCAACAAACAACAAAUGUCGGAAGGAUUUAUUCGAUUAG